AAUAUCCAUUUUGCUCCUCUUUUUUUUCACCAAAUUCUACUUACACCCCUUAACUUAAUUUUGAAUUUUGCUUACUACCCAUUGGUACCCAAUACCCACAUCUUAUUCUUCCCUAAUCCAUAUUCAGCUGAUUGAGUUGAAUUAAAGCUGAUUUGAUUAAGUGCUACAAAGUGUAAAUAAAGUGCUAUAAUUUGAAGUUGCAAUAAUGUCACCGAAAAUACUAGAUUCACGACACGCAAUUGAAUCAUGUACUUAUCAUCUUCAUUCAUGGAAACCCUUUAAUUCCAAAACCCUAGAUUCAGAUAAUUCACCGAAACCCUAUUCCUUACAACAUACUAAGAGACAAUGUCGUUCAGAUCGAACAACAACUACUUCGAUCCCAAUGGAAACCUUAGAUAUGUCGAAACUCAGUUUAUUCGAUGACGAUCGGCCUAAGAAUAGUAAUAAUCUCAGGUUGAUUGCUGGGAAGAGGAGGAGACGUGGGUCCCGCUCCGUAUCGGGGAGGAGUAGUGAUCGGAGCGGGACUCAUAGACGCCGGUGUUGCUCCGUUGGAGCUUCCGCUGCUUAUGGUACGUGCUCGGAUUUCCCUGUUGCUGUUGGGACUGAUUCGAGUGGGGAGUUGUUUGUGAAUGGGGAUAUGAAUUGGACUUUGGAUAACGUUAGUGAGGUUACGAGGAAUUUAUUAAGGAAGGAGAAAGAAGGUGGUGAGAGAGAGGGUAGUAAUUUAAAUGGUUUGCAAGGGCAAAUUGGGAAUUUUGAAGGUUUGGGUAAUGAAUCUGGGUAUGGAAGUGAACCAGGGUAUCGAGGGGAUGCGGAGUUUGGAUAUGGCGACGAGUUUGAUGAAGAAGAAGACGAUCAACGGCUCUCCUUUUGGGGCGACGAAUUCGGAGCUCUCUCUAGGAUGGAGAAGGUUGGGGAGAACUCAUUGCAGAAGGUGCACCACAGAUGUCGGCGGAGGAAACAAGAUUGUAGAAUGGCGAUCCCUUGAGGUCGCUGAGAUUGACGUGUAAUAUUUAUAAUUUUGUCAUAGUAUUAUCGAUAGCUGUCUUAAGAUUUUGCCAGUGACACGAUGGUGUAAUGCAUAUGACACAGCAUUCUGGUUUAAAUAGAGAUGCUGCUGUAAAUAUGAACAAAUGAUAUUAUUAUUCAUAUCUUAUUGUUAUGCUCCCAUGAUGUUCACCAUGGUAUAAAAGAAAGUUUGCUUUGAGAA